ACAACACAUAAGUUGGCACAACGAUUUUUAAAUUUAUAAAGUGUUGCCUAAGCUUUAAAAUAGACCUUGAAAUGUAAUGCUGAAAAAUGAAAUUGAAUUACUAUCGCUAUCAAAAAUUUUAGUUAAAAGUAUAUAAAAUAUAUUUCUAAAAAAUCUCGGAACAUUUGACAUUGAAAUUCGAAACUUCAGGUUGCUUUUGAAACAUGAAUUUUGAUUCUGAAGAUGAAACUGCGAUGGAAGAGGAUUAUUAUUCAUUUUUGAAUAUCCCUCGAGAGGCUUCCAAAGAUGAUAUUAACACUGCUUACAGGAGGUUGAGUCGGAUGUAUCAUCCUGACAAACAUGUCGACCAAGACCUCAAAGAAAAGGCUGAAAUUAUGUUCAAUAAAACAAAAAAAGCAUAUGAAGUUCUUUCUGAUCCUCACAAAAGAGCUAUUUAUGAUUCACUUGGUAUCAAAGGGUUAGAAACUGAAGGGUGGGAAAUAGUGCAGAGGACAAAGUCACCAGCAGAAAUAAGAGCCGAGUAUGAACAGUUAGCAGAAGAAAAAGCAGAGAGGCUGAAAAAACAGGCUACAAAUCCCACUGGAAAUAUUACAGUAGCUGUUAAUGCAACUGAUCUAUUUAAUCCUUAUUAUGAUGAAUUAUUAGAAGAUGAAUACGAUAGCGACUUGACUCAAUUUCCAAAUAUCGAAAUAUCAUCAAUGCAAUUUAAUCAAUCAGUUGAUUUUCCAUUGACUCAAAAAGACACCUGCACACUAUCCGGGCAACUUCAAGCAAAAAAUGGCACCGGAGGAGGUGGUAUUAAUUUAAGUUGGCGUCAUAUAUUUUCUCACAAAAGUUGGGCUGAAGUAGAAAUGACAGCAGGCAGUGGUCCAGCAGUAUCUUUUAAAGGUUUUAGAACACUCACUAGAAGAUUUUUUUGGAAUGGAGGUACAAUUUUACAAUUCACACCUGAAGGAAUUCUGCCUGGUAUAAUGUCAACUUUGGCAAUGCAAGUAGAUAAACACACUAUAGGAUAUUUGUCAUACCAGGGAGGCCCAAGAUCUGCAUUUACCACCCAAAUUAUUAGAGAUACAGAAAAGAACCGUUACAAUUUUUCAAUACAAGUAGGAUUACCGCAUUCUUAUGUUCUUUUACAAUACACAAGGAAAAUAUUGAGUCAAGAUUUGAGACUUAGACUAGCAGUAAAAGUAGGCACGUUCGGAGGGGUUUUAGAAUAUGGUGCCGAGAAAAAGAUAUCGAAACAUAGUAAUUUAGCAUUUGCAGUUGUAUGUGGUGUACCAUCUGGUGUUAAACUCAAAAUAAGGUUAACAAGAGCGUCUCAAACAUACUCCUUUCCAAUUCAUCUUUGUGAAGAAAUAAUGCCAGCCCCCGUUUUUUAUGCUACUGUUGUGCCUUUAGUAAUAUACAUAGUUGUUAAAAAAGGUUUUGUUGAACCUUUCUUACGAGAAGAAAAAAAUAAGAAGGUUGAAAAACAAAAACAGAAUAAUUUUAAUAAAUUGCUAGAAAAACGAAGAGAAGCAGCUGCUGCUCAAGACCUUAUGACCGUCACUUACAAUAGGAUAAGAGAUGAAGAGAGCAACAAAAAGGGAUUGGUUAUAAUUAAGGCAAUAUAUGGAAGGAUUAUGAAAGAUACUAGUCAACAAGGCGAUACGGAAUUGUCCAACGAAGUUCUGGAUGUAACUAUUCCUAUUCAGUGUCUAGUCAAAGACAGUAAAUUAGAAAUACAUGUUCAAAAUAAAUCUGAACUACCUGGUUUCUUUGAUCCCGCAUUAGGAGAAGAAAAAAUGUUACAUAUAAUUUACAAUUAUCACGAUCAACCCCACGAAGUUACGGUAGGAGAUAAGGAGUUAUUGAGAUUACCAAAAACCUCACAUCGAACCAAUAUAACAUAACAUAAUGAAAGGACAUAUAUAGUUGACCAUUAGGAUUGCAGAUUAUCAAAAUUGUAGACAUUUGUAAAGGAAGAACCAAUUGUAACUGCUUUGGAACCCUUUAGGUGUCUGCUGU